UGGUAAAUCUCAUCAGUGAGCUCCAGGAGCAGAUGUGCAGGUUUCAGGCAGAGAUCAGCACUCGCAUCCAGGAGAAACGGGCCCUGGAGGAGCGGGAGGCCCAGCAGGGGGAGCCCAGAGGCAGCCAAGCCCAGGGCCAGGGCCCUCAGCCUGGGUUAGCCGGCUCUGACCUUAGCCUCCCCGGCUCUGACGCCUGGAUGCACAAUGGAGGACAGACUGUACACGAUCUGUUACAAGAAGUGAAGCAGCUGAAAAGCAGAGUGGACGAGCUGGAAGGAGAGAAGAGUCGAUACGAGAAGAAGCUACGAGCAACAAAGGCUGAAAUCUCCGAUCUGCAGCAGCUCGUUGCCUCCAGAGACGCAGAGAUCGAGUGCCUGCAGACCCAGCUGCUCGCCAGAGACGGCUCGGCCAACGACAACGCAGAGAGAGACCAGGAAUACCAGAGGUUGAAGGUGGGGAUGGAGUCUCUGUUGGCGUCAAAUGAUGAAAAGGAUCGUCGGAUAGAGGAGUUGACGAUUCUCCUCAGCCAAUACAGAAAGAUGAGGGAGGUCAUCGCCCUCGCUCAGGGGAGCAGCGAGGAGGAGCUGAGCAGUUUGAAACUCAGAGCCAUCACACACAAAACUCACUCUGACAUCCUUCGGUCGGAGAUGUCAUCGAGAGGAUCUUCCCCGCUGAUGUUAUUGUCAUCUCCGUACCAGAGAGAACUGGACUUCAGCAUCACUAAUUCAGUGGACACGUCGUUGGUGUCGACUGCAGAUACAAGCUUCUUCAAUGGUUCCUGGCAUCAGCGCAGGUUGUUGUCCAGCAGCCUGGAGGAGCUGCAGAGUGGAUCCUUACAAACGAAUCCUCACCUGGAGCUGAGCAAGUAUCAGACUCUGCCGGGGAAACUGAGUAAAAAGAGCGAGCGGAGACCUGAGCUGAACGGAGACGGAGAAUAUUCAUCUCCUGUCCAGCUCUCGUCUGUGCACAGCCACGGGCAGGACUACAGACUGAGAUGUCCAGAGAAGCGGGACGAGUGCGUCCUCUCAGACCAGUCUCCUCUGUCCUCCGGAGUGGACUCUGGACAACAGUCGCCGGUCUCACCAGAGAACAGGAAGAGUCACAGAGGCAUUAAGAAGCUCUGGGGGAAGAUUCGCCGCAGCCAAUCAGGUAGUCCUGUCCAGGUUCACGACCCGGAUCUGGGAGAGUUUAAGAGAGGAGGCUUCAGAGCCACAGCUGGACCUCGACUGGCCCGAUCAGGGAACACACGAGACCUGAAGUUACCUUUCUCCAAGUGGAGCACAGAUCAGGUGUGUGAUUGGCUUGAGGACAUCGGACUCGGUCAGUACGCCAUCUUUGCUCGCCACUGGGUCACCGGCGGUCAGACUCUACUGUCGGCCACCGCACAAGACCUGGAGAAGGAGAUGGCGAUGAAGAACCCGCUCCACAGGAAGAAGCUGCUGUUGGCCGCCAAGACGUUCAGCAGCAAGCAGCCGGAGAAGUCCGCAGAGCUCGAUUACAUCUGGGUCACACGUUGGCUCGACGACAUCGGCCUCCCUCAGUACAAAGAUCAGUUCAAUGACGGACGAGUGGACGGACAGAUGCUGCAGUUCCUCACCGUGAACGACUUAUUAUUCCUUAAAGUGACGAGUCAGCUCCAUCACCUCAGCAUCAAGUGUGCGAUUCACGUUCUCCACGUCAACAAGUUCAACGCCAACUGCCUCAAACGCAGGCCCAGCACUGAGAACCAGUUCUCUCCCAGUGAAGUCGUCCAGUGGUCCAACCACCGGGUCAUGGAGUGGCUGAGAUCCGUGGACCUGGCGGAGUACGCGCCGAACCUGAGGGGCAGCGGCGUGCACGGAGGGCUCAUAAUGCUGGAGCCUCGCUUCAACUCAGACACGCUGGCCAUGUUACUGAACAUCCCUCCUCAGAAAACGCUGCUGAGACGCCACCUAACCACCAACUUCGACAAUCUGGUGGGAACACAGGCGCAGCAGGAGAAGAAGGAGUUCACCGAGGCGGCGGGCUACUCCCCUCUCAGCAUCGCGGCUAAAGUUAAGCCAAAGAAGUUGGGUUUCUCUAACCUGACUCACCUCAGGAGAAGACGAGCGGACGAGUCCACAGAUUACGUCUGUCCCAUCGAGUCGUCCUCGCCUCAGUCGGGACAGCCUGUGGCGAACGGGACACAGAUGCGCCCGUACGCCGGCUUCAGAGGCCUGAGCCCCAUCCUGGACCGAGAGCCCGACCAGUCCAGGCACCAGGUGGGGCUCGACGACAGCAGGGCUCUCCCAUCUCCAUGACAACACCCGUGACGACAACAUGGAGUUAUUGUGUCGACACCACGGGCAGCUAUGUUGUCACGCUUUCAGCCAAUCGGCUACUACUCUGCUUCCUCUGCUUGCGGCCCAUAAUACCUCAGCUCAUCCGCUCCCUGCUCCUUCAGACACCCCCCCCCCACCCCCAUCAGCCCGACCCUGUGCCUUACUCCGAAGAGAUUCACAGACCGUGUCACAGUCACGGCCGCCUGUCGUGACGGGUGCACUGAGACGAUGAAUCUGACGCACAAAGCGUUUUGACGAUUUCAUUUCCCCUCAGA